AUGGAGAGGCUACAGCGCCGCAUGGCGCGAACGUCUGUGCCUUCGCAGUCUUCGAGGUUUUUGUGGGGUCCGCUACAGCUUUUUUCUGUUGACUCUCAAGUCGACGUUUUUCUUCUUCUCCUUCCGCUUCUCUCCCUCGCAGUUUGCUUCCUUUCCAUUCUCCUACACGCGCAGGCUUCGCAUGCGCGGCGUUUCCUUCUGGAGCUGCUGAGCAGGAAAGAGAGCCCUGACAAGGCGGCGACCGACUCCACUUGUGUGCGACGAACAGAAGAUGGAGAAGGAACAAAGGGACACAGCGGGCGGGAGACAAGAGACGAGACUGGGAGUAUCGAGGCAAGACGCGGCUCGCGAGGGGGAGACAACCAGGAACGCGAAGCAGCGACAGAAACAGACAAACUGAGGAUCGCCCUCGUUGUGGCGCACCCUGACGAUGAAGUCAUGUUUUUCACUCCGACUCUCGCGCUGUUGCGUGAUUUCCCCGAACACGUCAAAAUUCACCUCUUGUGUCUAUCCACAGGGAACGCAGAUGGGCAAGGCCGCGUCCGAUCGAGAGAGUUUCUGAGCGCGGCCAGUCUCUUUGGAAUUGACAAAACGGAGGCUGUCGUCGUGGACCGUGACGAUUUGCAAGAUGGAUGGGCCCCCUGGUCGCCGGAACGCGUUGCGGACGUCGUCGAAGAAUUCACCGAAAGCAACGACAUCUCAACUAUCUUCACCUUCGAUGCCCACGGAGUGUCGAGACACCCGAACCACAUCAGUGUGUACAACGGUGUCAGGAAGUACACAGGUGUGCUGGAUAUCAUCUGGUCUACAGUGGCCUGUCGAAAGGAACUGAACAGGAUCGCCUCGGUGAAGCUCACGCCCUUUCUCUCUAUCAUGUGA